AUGAUGAACAACUUGAGGAAGAUAUUAAAUUUGGGAGUAGUUGGUGGGGGAUUGGUUGGCGGUGCUGCAGCUCUAGGUCUAGGUCUUUCACAAUCUUUGUAUACAGUUGAUGGAGGUCAUCGUGCUAUUAUAUUCAGUCGCAUUGGUGGAGUUCAAGAUGAAAUCUAUCCUGAGGGUUUGCAUUUCAGAAUACCAUGGUUCCAAUAUCCAAUCAUCUAUGAUAUUAGAUCGCGACCUCGGAAGAUAACAUCACCCACUGGGAGCAAGGACCUGCAAACUGUGAACCUCACGUUGCGCGUCUUAUCUCGACCUGAAGUCUCGCAGCUUCCAAAUAUAUAUCGUACGUUGGGUACUGAUUAUGAUGAACGCGUAUUGCCGUCUAUUGUCAAUGAAGUUUUGAAGGCGGUGGUAGCUAAAUUCAAUGCUAGCCAGUUGAUUACUCAGCGUCAACAAGUGUCUCUGUUAAUCCGUAAGCAAUUAAUCGAACGAGCUAGUGAUUUCCACAUAAUUGUUGAUGAUGUCUCCAUCACCGAUUUGACAUUUUCACAAGUUUAUUCAGCUGCUGUUGAAGCUAAACAGAUUGCUCUCCAAGAAGCACAACGUGCACAGUUUCUUGUUGAACGUGCUAAACAAGAACGUCAACAGAAGAUAGUUACAGCUGAGGGUGAAGCUCAAGCCGCAAAACUGAUCGGUGAUGCUCUGGCUCAAAAUCCGGGCUACCUUAAACUCAGAAAAAUUAAAGCAGCCACUCAAAUUGCUAGAACAGUUGCACAGUCACAGAAUCGUGCAUUUUUACACUCUGGUUCUCUUAUCCUGAAUGUCGCCGAUCCCAAAUAUGAUGCCGGUUUGGAUGUUUUGAGGAAAAAGUGA